AUGAUGCAGACGCCGGCGAAGAACAUCAACAAGAUCUCGGAUCGUCAAGUGCGCACAAUAGUUGAGCGCGUGAAAGACUCCGUCGAGAAGCAACUCCUAGUGUUGGACUUCUUGGACAACCUCGAGGGCAAGACGCCUGCGAAGCAGACGAAGAGUCGCAGCAAAGAGGCUUGCGACAGCGAGCCGGAGUACGCUUCCGACGAGCCCGGCUUUGAGAUCGACGAGAAAGCAGAGCUUAAUCGACACGCCAUGAAGUAUUCAGGUUGGCGCAAGAGUUUGUGCCUCGAGCUCCUCUCCUAUGUCGAGCCCAGCAGGUUCCCUCCCGCGAAGAAGACAAAGCUGGAUUCUGCUACUCUUGCAAAGCAAUUGAUGGAGUUUGGCUUCGGGCUCGUGGUCUUGGACGACAAAACAUCGGACAAGCCCAUGACGAAAGUGAAGAAAGAGGCUUUCGAGCGGCUACGAGCCGUGUACGUCUCGCUCGGCAAGCGCUUCCGCAACCUUGAGCUCGCUUCCGAGAAGGGCUUCUCCGUGGAUUGGAGCAAGCACGGCAUCUACAACGUGGAGUACCAGAAGGAGAACGACGUCGAGUACGUGCAGCUUACGGACAAGUUUGCGGCCAAGAAAGUGGUCUUGCCGAACGAGCUUGUGGAGGGCAUCAAGCUGGACUAUUUCACCAAUGACAAGAUCAAUUGCAAUUGGUCUCAGCUUGCGGCCGUCCUCGUGUUUCCCAAUGGCGAGACGUUGGAGUGCCACAGCCUUUUCCCGAAGUUGAAGAGGACCUUGACGAAGCAACUCAGUCAGGAACACAGAGUGGCUGAGCCUCGUUCUACAACUACUCCGCUAGGUGACGGCGGAGUUGGUGAUGCACAGCCCGCCAAGAAAGCUCCUCGCCUCUCUGCCUCCCGGCAGGUGCCUGAGAAGCCUCGUGACCCGGAGAUGCUUGCCACGCCCUCGCCUACCUUGCCGCGUCCCGGAAGCCCUUCGCAGACCACACUCUCGUUUUCCGUCCCAGAGCCACCCGCAAGCCUGAAGGCCAGUGCUGCAGCUACUGCCGCUCUUCUUGGUUCGAAGCGCCGUGAUGGCCUCGUAAAGGUGGACGAGAGUGAUGCCGAUGGUUCUGAGACCGAGGUCAGGUCAGUAGCACGUCUGUGGGCGAGGAAACGACGUUGCGUAGGGGAUGCGUCUCAGGCCGCCAUGGCUGCUGAGCCAAGGCAACCGCUGUGGGUACGGUGGCUGCCAGGGGAUGCAACGUCCAAGAUAGACCAUGUAAAGUUUUUUGUCUUUGAAAAGAGCGCCUACGACAUGGGCCCGCGCUUGAUGCUGCAGCUGCGUGAGUUUUGCAUGGCAUUGGGCUUUAGCGUCAAAGGCACGGAUUGGUUUCACUGGUUCAAAACGCAUGGCCAGACAGACGCCUGGGAAGCUUUGCUGAAAAUGAUCGAUGCCCAUGACUCGGAUUGGCGUCCAUCGCAGAGGCAAGCAAGCUUCCACGAGCUUCCGGCAGAGCUGAAGCGAUGGUGCGGGACUGAAGUGACGACGUCCGCAGCCAUCAUCAUCAUGCUCCUACUAGAUUGGUCGUCUCGGCUGCGUCGAGGGCAUCAGAAGCAGGCACAGCUCGUCCUGGCGGACUUCUUGCAAAAAACGCUUCCUCGGCUCUUCCAAGUCAUCCCUGCAGAAGUUUACGCUCUGCCAGAUGCAGACGCAACCGCGUGCUCAUUAAGGGGACCAGCAGGUCUCGGAGCAUGCCGGCAUUGCACGAGCAUUUAUGAGAGUUUGCCACGACAGUUGGGCUGCUCAGAGCUGCUAGGCUUGCUGCACACAGUUUGGGCCAAGAAGGAUUCCUGUCCAUUAAUGAAACAAUGGUGCGGAUUUUUGAUACAAGGCACAGCCAGUCUCCUCGAGGACUGCCUAGUCCCCGCGGUGGGGUGGCAGACGAAUGCCAAAGAUCUUGCAGCUCCCAGAGGCACGAAGCGAAGGCUCAGAGUGGAUCCUGACGUCAAAGAUUUGACCAUCCACGAAGCAUUGGAAGCGAAAAAACACAGGACGGCUGAGCAGAUGAUUCGUGCUGGCUCAGUCGACUUGGCAAGCAAUUCUGGAUGUUCUGUGGAGCAGGAGCGCAUGCGAAAGUACUGGGCUGCUGUUUUCGACAAGUUCAAGGGCGAGAGGCAUCUGCAUGUCUCCAUGGACGAAUCGACGGUUGGAGGCGAAUCGACUCUGAUCGUGCUCCCUGCAUUGAAGCAAUUGGAGGAGUUGCCUCAGCUGCCCGCGGAGCAAACAGAAGCUGGGCGGGACUUGCUUGCAGGGGUCAGUGCCAGCCUGGAACUGGCGAGCAUCGCGAAGGCCCAUGACGCGAGCAGUGAAGCCUUCUUCCAAAAGGAAGCCAAGAUGACACGUGAAGCAAGCUACCAGUUAUUGCGAGCACUGGACCACUCAUUGUUGGCAAGCUGUGGUUUAGGAUUGCAAGUUUUCGUGGCCUCUGGUGAGUUUCCUCGCAGGCUACGAGCUGGUGAGGCCCGAUGGCUGGCAGAUGGGCAGCCGCCGGAUGGUUACAGCUUGCCAGAAAGCAUUCCAUCCAAACGGGUCUGCGUCUACGACUCCCAGACCAACACCCAGCGUUUUGAGUUAGCGCAGACUCCGUCUCCCGUGUUGGCCAUCACCUGCGACGAGCACAGCGUGAACUUGUCAGCACUGCAGUUUUUGGCCCACAAGCUGAACUGCAGAGUGGUGACGUUGCGCGACCAAGCGCAUCGAUGCUGGAAUGAUUUCAGAGGCGCAGUGCAGGACUGCAAUCUGUGGCCUUGCGUGAAUGAGCUCAUACAUUGCAUGAACUGCAGACACGGCCCUUGGACUAGCCAGGCUUGGUUUCGCCAAACAAAAGAAGCUUUGGGCUUACACACCAAGAAAUUCGGUCCCGGAUGCCCAAUUUUCCAAGCAUUGAAAGACAAGCUAGUUUCUGACAUGGAUUUGGCGACGUCUUGCGAACCGGGCAGCCUUGAAGAGCAGGAGCUUGUUUUUCACAAAGUUGCGGAAACAGUGGGUGCUGGUGUCAAGGGCAGCAGGGUCAAUCUGACGAGGUGGUUUGAGUUCAUCAGUGCUUAUGAAGAGUUCCAGAAGGAAUACCACAUCCACCUCUACGAGUACUGUUUGGUCCUGUAUCACUCCGGGAAGCUGAAGUCUUUAGCCGAUUUCCCGAUAUGGGAUGCGCACCAAGUUCCUGUGGAGUGGAAGAGCCUGCUGAAAGGCAAGACCAGCGGAGCGCAAAAGCAGAGCAUGCAGCAGACAUCAAGCGAGACGAAGGCAACAGAGCGCAAGACUGAUGCUGUGAAUUCCUUGCACAUGGCGGCCAUGAUCUUAGGUCAGGGAGGGCAGUUUCGAAGAGGAAGACUGUUGCUCAGCGUCGGGCAGGUGGUUCACAAGUCUUUUCAGAAGGAGCUGGCCGGCGCGUACACGCUGGAUCGGACAUUUGACUACCUGUUGAAUCAUGCGUCCCAAGGACACCACAUUGUCUUCAAGAAGCUUUGGUCGAUCAUGUUUUCCCUGCCCAUGCUUGAGCACAUGCUUUUCGAUGUAGCCGACACAGAGAAAGCAUUCUACCGGCAGCAGCUGCAGCUACCAGCGUCAUCAUCUGCAGCUGCACCACCUGUGCGGCUGGAAGGUCUUCAGUUGCACGAGAAGCACUUGGACGAUGAAGCUUGGGCCGACCAGCUGUGGCUGCUGAUCGCAGCAACAGUGAAACAUCGUGGCCUCACCAUGAGCCAAUUCCUGGACUUGCCUCUGGGGCAGAUGGUGUUGCUUCUCUCACGUGAAGAGUCGAAAGUCGCUCAGGGCCUUGCGAAGCAGAAGCAGAACUGGCAGGUGCUGUGUGCGGCUGAGGAGAGGCAGUUCGGCGUUGGUGGUGUAUCCAAGAUCUUGGAUGCCGUUUGCUUUGUUGAAGACAUAGUAGUUCGGGAGAUCUUGGUGCGAUUGGCCGAGCAUGAUUUUCAGUUUGUUAGUCCCUACGUCAAACAAACCCUUGAAACCGUUUACAAAGGCUACGCACACACAGUUGUAGUGGAAAGGGGCUUCCAGAAGCUGGAGGACAUCUGCCGGGAGCAGAAGAACAAGGAGAUGUCCCGACUACGGCGAUGGUACUGGCUCCAUGAAAGCAAAGUCUUGCAAGAGUUCGGGCGGCCAGAAUUGCAGUCCAACUACGCAGAGGUGCCGCCUGGGAUACCGCGGCAUCUGUCAAAAGACUUGUUCCAUGCAUUGGGUCAGAAGCCCUCCAUCGAUGACGGUGUCCUCAAAGCCAUUACCAAACGCGGCAAGUGCGAUUGGGCACAUUGCUCUGCGCAGGGUCUCCAGAUCCAGCCUGGUGCUUGGCAGCUUCUAGUGCAAGCCUGGACAGACAACUCUUGGACGGAAGUUUCCAACAGCUACAUGAGUCUGUUGGCUCAGGAGGGGACUUACAUUCGUCAGAAGUGUAGCGAUCUCUGCUUUGUGGUUCUGAAGCACAGCAUCUAUGGAUGUUUGCUGUGGCCAGCUGAGCGCGUCCAGAGGCACCAACUGAGUCUGUUUUUCCCGUCGCUUGCAAAGGGCACUGUCUGCACAUGGAAGUCCAUCCUGGACAUGAGCUCUUGGGAAAGCUUGCCAACUCGGUCGUUGCCGCCAGCCUGUGUCGCCUCCUUCGCGGAUGCGUCCGAGACAUGCAUGGGCAUUUGGUGCAUACAAGCAGGUCCUGCAGAACCCCUUCACGUGGCUGCAGCCAAGCGUGGCUUCAAAGGUUGCCCUGACAACGUUCUGGAAAAGCUCUUAAGGCAUUUCGGUCUUGGCACGAUGCUCAAAGGGCCAACUGCUCUCAGAGGAGUUUUGGCCAAAGCCGAGGCACUGAUCAAACAUGCGAUCCCCGAAGUUGCAGCCGCAGACGUGGCGAACUACCUGAAGCACCGCAGUGGUUUGAGCAGGCCUUGUCCAGUCUCUUUGCUUCUUACUGGUGAGAACCUUGCCCUAAGCGAAGGUGUGUUGGAACCAGCUGACCAUGCAGCAGCGAGGCAGUGUCGCGAGAGGCAGAAAACGCUCACAACCACUCAGUGCACCGACAUCCAAUUCUUGCAGCAGCGUGGCUACAUCACCAAGGAUGAGGCCGCUCUUUGCAUGAAAACUGCCGGAGCCGUACAACCAAGGCAAGUUGUGCAGCAUGCUGCACCCACCAAGGAAGUCUGGAGCUGGACCGAGACGCAUCUGAAGACUUGCACUCCGCAGGUCAAAGGCGCCACCAUACACCAGAUUACGAACCAGCACACCACCAGCUGGGUUGCCAAGUACAGAGGAGCCAAACCAUAUGCUUCUCGCACAAUCGCAUACGGCGGAAAGUCAGGCAUCACGUCGGAGCAAGCGGCUAGAAGCUGCAUGCUUUGGCUUUGGCAUGCUCACCAGCAAGCUGUUCCUGAAGCUGUGUGUCCAUUCAAAUUUGCUGACCUAGAACUCGGGGAGCCCGCGUAG